AUGGAGCCCAUUGGAGCCGUAUACAGAUUCUACCUUAAUGAGUGGCACAAGGUUAUGGUUCCUACUGGUUUGAGUCCAUUGGAAGCAUACACGGUUCCUGGGUUUGAGGGGCUCCAAGAAUUGCCGUCUGCAAACACACCCUUCGGUGAGAUGAACGAUUUGCUUGAAACGACAUUUAUGCGGGGCCUGAUAUUCAACAAGACAACAUUCACGACAGAUGAAGCGUACCAACUCGAGGAACUAUUUAUCCGAGACGUUUACGUUUAUGCCGAAGCUAUGUCCGCUGAAGCAGUCAAAGCUGGUGAUACUGCAUUUGUUUCAGCGAUGAAAAGCCUCCGGGACGACUCGGUGGGUUUUCUUCUGGCCAACGAUAUUCGCGAUGCUCCAAGCGACACCGACGCCACUCAGCACAUUCAACAGUUCAUGAUCAACUACUUCGACGCGGUGACCCAGUGGACGACUGUCAUGAAGAUCACCACGUCCGAGAUAAAGAUUGAGUACGCCAUGUUCAACAUUUCCUGCAAUCUUAAUUUCACAUCCGUGACUGUGACUGUCCCUCAGGACCGCGGUCAAUUGUACCGCAUUCUUGACGAAGUAAAUGGAGAACUGGUUGAGCAGGAUACCGCCUGGUCAGGAUCAGGAGGUGGAUUCCUGUCGCCCGAGAGUGUGCCUCCAGAACCUGCAGCAUCCAGAAUCGUGGAUACGUCCCAGAACCUCGGGCUAUCCCACUUGGUAUUCGGUUUUGGGCGACGUAUCGAGGGAGACUCACUGGAGGAAUUAUACCUGCCUGGCGACAAGAGUAUCAAGCUUCGCAAGGCUGUUUUACGGAAACCCCGCGACUCUCACGUUAUGACCAUGGGCCGGCUCGGAGUUAGGAUUAAAGACCUCUCGGCAAAGUUUGGUGCUCAAUGCAAUUACACACAUACGGCGGAAAUACCCGCCUUCAGUCUCGUGAAUAACUCAGCUCAGCCUACUCGACUGGUCUCACGGUAUACGUAUGGCCAGCGCGUGGAAUACGAAAUUCUUCACGAAUACAAUUUCCCCGUCUUCAAUUACUCCUAUCAAAUGGACGAGAACUGCUCGGCGGCAAUCGAUAACUACCACGUGGACUCAUCGUACAACUACAUCUACCAAGAACACCCACUUCAACUGACGUACACAGCUGCACUCUUCCAGCUAUUCCAGAAUGCCAGAUUACUCGAUCCAUUGCCAGCCGACAAGUGCGACUCUCUUGCGUUCCAGGGCAAUCAAGAGCUUUUUGAUGUGGCGAUCACGCUACCAGUGGCUCUAUUUGCACUUGCGUGUUUUGGCUGCCUCAUAACGAUGAUCCUUAUCGUGCGAACUUUUCAAACCAGAGAUCGGAUCGAUCCGCGCCUCCUGCGUCAGCCCACCGCAGUGUUGCAAGCGCAUUUGAACGGCACCGAUUUUCCUCGACAACUGCUCUCGUUGGGUGUGCAAACACGCCCCGGAGAAUCAGAGCUGCCAUUGGAUACGCUUCAGCAUCAAACUUCAUUUUCCGUUUAA